ACAAUAGUUUACUUGUGAAUGGCUGCGUUGGAAUCCAGUGAGCGAACGUUCCUUUCUUCGGCAGGAGACACGGAACUUUCGGCUAGCGGGUCUAGGAUGUCAGUGUUGAACCAGAGCGGAGAAGAACAGGUGGAAUGUCCACUAUGCAUGGAGCCAUUGGAGGUGGACGAUCUCCACUUCUACCCGUGCACAUGUGGAUACCAAAUAUGCCGGUUUUGCUGGAAUCGAAUCCGGGAAGGCGAGAAUGGCCUCUGUCCGGCCUGUCGGAAGGCCUACCCGGAGAACCCGGCAGACUUCACCCCGCUCAGUCAAGAGCAGGUAGCAGCAAUAAAGACGGAGAAGAAGGCGCGCGAGCAGAAGCGGCGGAACAAGACCCUGGAGUCGCGGCGAGCGCUCGCGAACGUUCGCGUCGUGCAGAACAACCUAGUGUUCGUCGUGGGGCUGCCCGUGCGGCUCGCGGAUCCCGAGAUCCUAAAAAGACAGGAGUACUUUGGCAAAUAUGGCAAAAUUCACAAAGUAGUUAUAAACCAAAGUACAACGUAUGCAGGUUCACAGGGUCCGUCCGCGUCCGCGUACGUGACGUACGUGUCGUCGGCGGACGCCCUGCGCGCCAUCCAGGGCGUCAACAACGUCGCCCUCGACGGACGGGUGCUCAAGGGCUCGCUAGGCACCACCAAGUACUGCGCCAACUUCAUGAAGAACCAGCCCUGCCCCAAGCCCGACUGCAUGUACCUGCACGAGCUAGGUGAUCCUAAGGCGUCGUUCACCAAGGAGGAGAUGCAUGCCGGCUUGCACCAGGUGUACGAGCGCAAGCUGCACAACCAGCUGCUCCAGCAAGGAAACAAGCCCGACGAGAAGCAUAGCGCAGGUGCGACUAGUAGCAUAGGUAGCAUAUGGACGCGUGUAGCUAAGGCGUCGUUCACCAAGGAGGAGAUGCAUGCCGGCUUGCACCAGGUGUACGAGCGCAAGCUGCACAACCAGCUGCUCCAGCAAGGAAACAAGCCCGACGAGAAGCAUAGCGCAGGUAACUCUAGUACGAAUGCAGAAAAGAAUAGUUCGAAAGAAGGUAAUCCGUCGAACUUUAUACCGACAACAGUGGUCACAUCGUCUAAUAUAAACGUAGUCAGUUCGUCUAAAUCAAAGAAAGAAUCGGUAAACGGUAGCAAUGGUAUAGAAGCGAGCAAUAGUAACGGGGUGAAUGGAAACGGCAAGGAGGCGUGGCCCAGUCUCGGUUCAUCUCCCCCUUCAGACAGCCCCGUCGGCAAACAGUCCAGUCCCAAACCACAAGCUCAGGUAAAGUCACAAGAAAACGGCACAUCAGAAUCUUCCAGUCCCACACAAAUGCAACCCGCUCAAAAAAGCAAAGACCACAGCGACUCCAAAACGAACAGGACCCACAAAGACAGCACAAACGGCCAACCCAAGAAGAGCAAAUCCGAAGCGAAAAACAAAAAACAUAGCAUCCAAGUUCAAGAAAGCGAACCAGAGGAAGAAUCUAAACCAAGCAUCACACAGAGCUCCGUCUUCGAAAACGACACACAAAACUAUCUUAACAACGACUUAGACGAGCUAGAAUCAGACAGACACAGCCUUUUAGAAAACCACGAUCUACUCCACAACAGCGACCACAGCCUAUUAGAAGACGACACACACAAUCUACUAAACGAUGUCAAUAACGAAAUAAUGCUGCAUAAACAGAGAGAAAUGCUCGCCGGCUUAGUAGAUAACCAUAUGAUAAACCCAAUGAAGAGUCACCUGAACGGAUACGGGCUUAUAGACAGAGAUACUAUGAGUUAUAUAGGUAAUGAUAGGCAUAGUCAAAUUAGCCAAGGUCUGCUGGAAAAGGAGUUGUUGUUGAGGGAACGCAGCCGGAGCGAGAUGCUGAUGCGACAGAACGAGAUGCUAGCGAGACAACAUUUGGAGCCCAAGCAUUAUAUGCAGGGGAAUAUAGGGCUCGACUCCAAUAGUGAAUUAUUAGGUGCUAAUUAUCAUCCAAAUCCCAAUAUGCUUCCAUUCGGCAUGCGCGUCGAACACGCAUCGCCACUUCAAAAUAACAUGCAGAACAACAUGCAAAACAAUAUGCAGAAUACCAUGCAAAAUUCCAUGCAAAACAGCAUGCAUAAUAGCCUCCAGAACAGUAUGCAAAACACGAUGCAGAAUAGCCUUCAAAACAUGCAGAAUAAUCUUCAGAACAGCAUGCAGAAUAGUCUUCAGAAUAUGCAGAAUAGCCUCCAGAAUAGUCUACAGAACAGUAUGCAGGGUAGCUUGCAGAACAGCUUGCAGAAUAACAUGCACUAUGUAAUGCACAAUCCACAUGCGGGCCCCGUGCCCAACGGUUUCGAAGCUCCCCAGUCUUCGAGCGAAGGGCGCUACCUGGCGGAGAACAUGGAUAAGUUCUUCACGGACUUCCACAAGGCGCAGCAGAUGCGGCUGCUGCUGGCGCGCGCUCCCGACCAUCCCCGACAGAUGGCGCUCGAGCACGAGCACAAGCAGAGAAUGAACAAUAUGAGGAUGGGCAGUGAGGCCCCGCGUGCGGCCGGCGACGGCGACGAUGACCUCGACUUCGAUCCCUUCAAGGAGACACAGAAGGCCCUGGCCGAGAUGAUGGAAACCGAGAUGAUGCAGAACACAAGCGGCGACAACAUGGAGCUGGUGCGGCGCUCGCGCCUGCCGCCGCCCGGCUUCGCGCAUCCCGCACACCAGCAGCACCAGCACCAACACCAGCACCAGCAGCCCCAGCAUCCCAUGCAUACAGGUUUCAACAACACCAGCGCGUCGUACUCGGACUGGACCCAGAUGGACCCCGCCAUCAUGUCGACGUCGGUGAACUUCGGCAAGCCGCCGCCGGCGCCGCUCGGGCCGGGCGCGCUGAGCAGCCAGCAGCAGGAGCUGUGGGCGCGCUUCAACUCGCUCGCGGUGGCCCCGCAGAGCAAGCUGCCCCCGGGCUGGGGCAAGCUCGGCUGGGGCAGCUUCGCCGCGCCGCCCCUCGGCAACAUCCCCCUCCCGCCGGGCUUCUCCCCCGCCAAGCCCCCGCAGCACCCCGCCGAGUGCAUCGACGCCAAGUAACGAGCGAUCCCCGCGAUUUUCUAUAUUAUUCCUUUUCCGUUGGUGAUGUGAACGAUAAAUCUUUGUAUUGAGAGAGGAUAUUUUAACGAGAGAAAUAUGAUAACGAAGGAAUUUGUAAAAUAAAUUAACAUAUUUGUUUUAUUUGAUGACGGUUUUUCUUUCGCGGGCCCCCGUUUUAUUUUAUCAUAUUUCUUUUACGCGCCCGAUACGUAUAUUCGUUAUAUUAUAUAUUUACUGAAAUCGUAUCCCUGUUAUGACAGAUUAUAUUUUCUAUAUUAAAAUGAAAUGCCGAUUACUCGCUGUUCCAUUUGUACCUUAUUGAGCCAUACUCCAUGAGAAUAACAUUAAAACGAACGAGAAUUCA